AUGGGGACGAAGCGGAAAAAGGGAGACGAGGUGGUGGCGCCGCCCCCACGCGUCUCGAGUCUCUCGUACGUGGCUGCUGCCGAGUGUCUGCCACCUGCCACGAAGGCAUUGAAAUCUGCUGCAGCCUCUGUCCCUACUUCACGUCGUUUCGGCUUCAAGGGGCUGUCGAUCUCGCAGCUUCCGACGCCGACUGUCCCAGCUGCAGCCUCCACGACGUCUACCACGACGAAGCGGCCACGCGUUGCAUGCGGUUUGCAACCAACUGAGCAUGGAGAUACUGUGACGAUGAAUGAUGACGCAGCUGGGAGCGCGCUGGCCAUUGACGUGGCGGAUGUCCACGUGCGGGCGCAGUUCGACGAGCGCUUUGGGCACGAGACAGUGGCAGCACUGGAGCAGCUGCUGGCGUUUCGUCACAAGACAAACAAAUUUGCGGUCAAAGCGAGAAAAGAAGAGCAGAUCAAUUACAUUAAGCAGCUGAAGGCUGGCGUGCGGGAUGUGCUGACUAAGAUCCAAGAGUUUGGCCAAACGUCGGCGGCAAUUGAUGACAAACUCGCAGCGGAGAAGACGGCUUUGGAGACGAGACUAAUAGCCUUGCAGCAGGUAGCGAAAAAAAGCGACUGCUCGAAAGCUGAGUUGAGGAAGCUGCGGAAAGAGCAUGAUGAUAUGCAGAAAAGCAUUGCACGUGUUCGUGCGUCAGAGCAAGAAGCUGUACGCAGUAACGGUGUACUUCAGGAUAACGCGGCGAAGCUAGAGAUACAGCUGGAAGAGACCCAGAAAAAGAAUGAGCAGCUGCAACUAACGUUGAAAUCUCACGAGGCACGCGUCGUAGACGAAUCUCGGCGCUUUGAAGAACGGAAGCGUGAACUAGAGCAGUUGCACGAGAAGAAAGUGCUGGAAGAAAGCAAACGGAAGCAGGUCGAGCUCGAAAAGUUGCAGGAGCAGCUUCGCAAGGCCCGUGAAGAACUUGCGUUAGUACAAAAAGAUUUUGACAACUACAAGGAAAAGGCUCUCGAUGCUGCAAGCAGUCUUGAUGACGAACGUGAACGUCGCAUUAAGUCCGAGAUGGAAAAGUGUACUCUCGAGGCAACGAAUCAGUCGUUACAGGCUCGAGUGAGCAGCGCUGCGAUUGAAGUUGUAGAACUGAAGGAGAAGCUCCAACACAAAGACGAAGAAGUGUCCAAUCUUGUGAGAAGCUUGACUGAUAUGCAGAAAUUUAACGCGUCUGCAAGCACGAAGGUUGAAGCUGAUAAAAGAGAGUUGGCUGAUAAGGUUGAGCAGCUUCAUGCCACCAUUCGUGAUCUCGAGCGACAGGAGUCAUCAAGCUCUACAACAGCGCGCGACCUGAGCAAGCAAUUAGAGUCAGCAAUCAAGUCCCAGAAAAAGGCUGAAAAGAGUGAGCAAGAAAUCUAUGCCCGGAUGAAGAAGCUAGAAUCGGAGCUCAACUCAAACGUGCAGAAGGUAGGCGUAGAAGGAGGUGUUCGUCAAAUGCUCGAAAAUCAAGUGCGCGAACUUCGGACAGAACACAUUGCCGUGAAUGCGCAGCUGGAAGCGGUCAAGGCAGAAAUGAUGCGACUGCAGUCCGCGAAUGCAGAUUCGAAGGAGCAGCACACCUCGCAACUUGGCGCCCUGGAGCUAAGGUUCCAGCAAGAAAGGGACGACUUUAGGUACCAGAUUGAUAAGUUACAGGAGGAGAAAGUCAGCUUGGAAAGCGAAGUACAGACUUUGCGAACGCGAGUCUCGUCAGCACGUGAUGGCGAUGUCGAGGAGCUGUGUAAGGUGCAGCGUGAGGCCGAUGUUUUGCGCCGGCGUCUUGGCGAGCUGACAAGUCAAGGCGCCCAAUCGAUUGCUCAAAAGGACGAUAUGAUUUUGGAGCUGCGAGAAAAGAUCAAGCAGGGUGACAAGCUUCGAAGAGCGAUGCACAACACAAUACAGGAGCUGCGUGGAAAUGUUCGAGUAUUCGCCAGAACACGUCCUUUCCUGCCCUCUGAUCGCUGCGACCCCAACACAGCAACUCCCGUUAUUUCGUGUGAUUUUGACGGGGCAAGCCUGAAAUUGCGUCGACCGGGAAAGAACCCAUUAGAGCCGGAUACUUUUCCGUUCACGUUUGACAAAGUAUUUGCUCCUUCUUCGGGCCAGGACGCGGUGUUCGAGCAGGUGUCAGAGUUCGUGCAGUCUUCUUUGGAUGGAUAUCAUGUCUGUCUGUUUUCUUAUGGUCAGACUGGUUCUGGGAAAACACACACGAUGCAAGGAAGCGGUAAUGGUCAGAUGCGCGGAAUCAUUCCGAGGGCGAUUGAACAGACUCUGCAUGAGUGUGAAUCAUUGAAGCUCGAGGGAUGGGAUUAUACCACAAAAGCUUCGUUUCUGGAAAUUUACAACGAAAGUCUAAAAGAUUUGCUGGUUGUCAAACACAACAGUGAUGACAAGCUUAGCAUUAAGAAAGAUGCGAAGGGGGGCGUAUACGUUCCAGGAUUGACAGUCGUAAAUGUCACUUCGACGCAACAAGUGGAAGAGAUCAUGGAACGAGCCAACAGAGCACGACGUGUAGCGCGUACAGACAUGAAUGCGGAGUCGUCGCGGUCACAUAGCGUAUUCACAUUGCACCUGCAAGGCGUGAACGACAAGGGAGGCGUCAUGCUGAAUGGCCAGUUGAAUCUCGUCGACUUAGCUGGCAGCGAACGUGCUUCGCGCUCCAACGUUUCGGGCGACCGUUUGAAAGAGACACAAGCUAUCAACAAGAGUCUUAGCUGUCUCGCCGAUGUCUUUAACGCGAUUGGAAACAAGUCUUCUCAUAUUCCGUUCCGCAAUUCCAAGCUGACGUACUUGCUCCAGAGUAGUCUGUCGGGUGAUGGCAAGACGCUGAUGAUGGUUAAUUUGUCGCCAACGCUUGAGUCGGCAAACGAGAGUCUGUGCUCGCUGCGGUUUGCAAAGCAAGUAAACCAGUGCGAGCUAGGCAAACCAAAACGGCAGAUCAAGUCCAGGAAGGAUAAUGCGUGA